AUGGCAACUAACUCAUAUUGGCCGAGUUCUCAAAGUUGGCGUCGUUAUUGGCCGUCGGGCAUAAUUGCCUUAAUUGCUGUUAUUCAACUUUUUUUUUCAUUUGCUAUUCUUGGACUUCAUAGCAGCAUUGUUGGCAUUGGAUUGGUUUUUUUUUGCUUUGCUUCAAUAUCAUGGUAUGUUAUGGGCUUUGUUUGCUGGGCCUUUUUCUUGGCAUGCUGGAUUUCAAUAUUCUGCGUUACUUGUUGUAAUCGAUCAUCCGUUGGCUGUGCAACAUAUGUUAUGAUAAAAAAUAUUCUUGCAUUAAUCUUCUCAGCUGUACUUAUCGAUUUUGAUCGAAGAUUUAUUAAUGGUCAAUUAUUAGAUUAUACGUUUGUUGCCAUCGGAGGCUGUACAUCCUUGUAUAACACUGACACCAAUUUCGGAAAUAUAUUAUUAUCAUUGGCUAAGGCACAAUUAGCUGCUUCAGUUAUCAUACUAGUCUCAUCUCUUGUUUUCAUUGCUAUUUAUAUCUAUGUUUACAUAAGAGCAGUCAAUGAUGGUAGAGGUGGAAAUAAUGAAAAUUUUCCUUCCAGUGGUCAGCGUCCAACAUAUGCCAUGCCACAGACAAAUUGGUCAUUUAAGGUACCACCACCAACAGAAUAUCAAGAAGAAGCAACUCAUCUCGAAAGAAGUAUAGUGCAUACAGUUGAUGGUUUACGAACUGUUGUUUGUCAGAGAUGUGGAACAACAAUCGAUAUACCUGAACGAUUUUAA